AUGAAUUACUCCAGAACGGUUCAAGUGCUUAGCAAAUAUAAAUCAAGUACCUUGACUCAAGUGGCGCUCAACUGCGGGUUCCCCACCGAGGGAACCAAGCAGAAUAAGAUUGAUCUGAUCUACAAUGGAUUAAAACUAUAUAACGUUACCGGGGAUAAUAUUGAUAUCCUAUCGAUUGAUAUUGGAAUAAAAAAUUUUGCUUAUUGUAAAAGUAAAUUAGAUUUUUCAAAUAUUAAAUUGGAAAAUUGGCAAAAUAAUAAAUUGGAAAAUUGGCAAAAUAAUAAAUUGGAAAAUUGGCAAAAUAAUCAAUUGGAAAAUUGGCAAAAUAAUCAAUUGGAAAUUUGGCAAAAUAUUAAUUUGGAAAAUUGGCAAAAUAUUAAUUUGAAUGAAAAAUUUAAGUAUAAUCAAUUAUCAAAUAUAAUUGAUGAGAAAAAUCAUUUAAGUUAUUUAAGUAAUUGUAUUAUAAAUCAGAUUAUUAUGAUCCCCCCAUUUCCUAAAAUAAUAACCAUUGAAAAUCAAAGAACAAGAUCAAAUGGCUUGACAGCAACGUUACCAACAGUGCUAACCAAUUAUACUUUGGAAAAUAUGUUAUAUUCAAGUAUUUAUACUAAUAAAUUAUAUAAUGAAAAGUUUAAUCCCUUAGUUAUACCGUUAAAUUCAAGAAAUAUGGUCAAUUUUUGGAUUAAUAGAUUUUUGAAAAAAUCAAAUAUUAAAUUUAAUUCGUUAUUAACCAAAAAACUAAGAAUUAAUUUAGUAUUACAUUUAUUAACUAAUAAUAUCAUAAAGUUAGAUAUUGAUUUAAAAGAUUUAUCAAUAGUUGAUAAAAAACCAAAUUACCUAUUAAAAUUAAUCAAUGCUCAUUCUUCCAAUAAAAUUUCAAAAAUUGACGAUUUGGUAGAUUGUUUAUUAUACAACUAUAUGAUGAUUCAAUUCCUACAAAAUCAAUCAAGUCUAGCCAACGUUAUUCAACACGAUUUGGAUUUAGACUCGUUUGUAAAUAAUUUAAAUGAUAAAUACUUUGAAUACGCUAAAAAUUUGAACUUGCAAAUGAAAUAA